AUGUCGCCUCGCCAAUACGAAGACGACGAUGCUGAGUCGUUGCCCGAUUCUCGCUUUCUCUUGCCCCAGCUCCGCGAUGCCGAUACUGAAGACGUCGAGAAAUACCAACGAGGGGGCUUGCAUCCCGUUCACCUAGGCGACAUCUACGAUGGACGUUAUAGAGUUGUACACAAGCUCGGCGCUGGCGGCUUCUCUACUGUCUGGCUGGCGCGAGACGACACAGAGCAUAGGUGGGUGGCUCUGAAAAUCGUCGUCGCUGACUACUCGACGUCUGUUUCUACCAAGAGCCAGUUGAGCUGCCAUGCUGCCUCACGGUGCGCUAGUGAUGCAGUAUUCGGCUUCGUCCUCGAACGUCGGCACUUCACGCUCGAUGGACCAAAUGGCCGCUAUCUAUGCCUUGUCCUGCCAGUUUUGGGCCCAUCUGCAUCUGAUUUAUCCAAGGGCAUUUAUUCUAGGAUCACACCGUCGCUAUCUCGUAGGGCUAGCUACCAAGCUACGAGGUCCUUGGCUGACCUUCAUGCGCAAGGCCUCUGUCACGGAGACGUGACAACAGCUAAUAUUCUCUUUGGUCUAUUGAAUAUCGAUCGCUAUACGGAGAGCGAUGUCUAUCGCUUAUUUGGCGCACCUGAGACGGCACCGCUUGAAACCGAAUCUGGAGAGACGCCAGGUCCGGAGGCCCCGAAAUAUAUUGUGAAGUCACUUAAUUUCCUCUCCUCUAUUGAGAGCGUAAUCAGCCAAGACGUCAGACUAAUCGACUUUCACCAGUCAUUUCUGAUUUCACUGCCCCCAGAACAGAUGCUAGGUACUCCAGCUGAGUUUCUGGCACCAGAGGUGGCGGUAGGCUUGAAAGCAAGUCCCGCAAGCGAUGUCUGGGCUCUCAGAUGUUCCAUCUUCCGAGUUAGAUCGGGAGAAGGCCCCUUCUCGGGGUUUGAAGUCACAUCUCCAGUGGAUUUGUUGAGGAUUGUUAUUCAGACUCUCGGUGAAAUGCCUAGUUCUUGGGGAGAUACAUUAUUUGAUUAUUAUGGGCAGCCGACAAAGGAGCCUACCAAAGGCAGUCCACUCGAGCCCGUCGUCGAAACUGGCAGGGUUCGACUAGAGGAUCGAGUGUGGAAAGAGGACAAAAAGAAGCCAUACCCUCCGUGCCUCUCGGAUACUAUCAGGAAGCCUACAGCUACGAAGAUUAAUAAUAGCUAUAUAGAUGGCUAUAGUUAUGAGACGGACGAACUCCUAGAGGCGCUGCCAAAGAUUUCGGAGAACGAGGCAGCCUUACUCUACGAUCUCUUGUCCAAAAUCUUUGUAUACGAUGCACAAAAGCGCCCAAGCGCCAGAGAGGUGCUAAGUCAUCCAUGGUUUCACAUGGGUGAGCUGUGAGGCUUUUGUCACGAAGACGUAGCUGACGUGGAGGAACACUCCGAGCUCAAGGUUAAUCAAGAAGAGGCGAUACCGAUCAGGAUAUGAUUGGAGGCUGUCUGUUUAGGAUUGAAGGGAGUCAGGGGAAGGUGAGGCAAUCGACGCUUUGUGAAGAGGGGAAAUGUGCAGUGGCUGUGCGGGAAGGGUCAAAUGAGGUGUUGGGAAAGGAUUAAUUUGAUGUAGACUAG